GGGGUUGCAUCACAAGCCGAAGUUGUGUUGUCGCGAUGUUUGGUUCCCUUUCUGAAGAAGAACAAGUGAUUUCUUCCUUUUUAAAAGAGAUGGCAGAUCAAGACUACUUUCAGACAAGCGCUGCUGGUACAACAAUGACGGUCUAGAGUCUGAGGAGAGGAGAGAAGAACCGACCAGGUUUGAGUCAAAGAUGGUCGACUGGAAGGAGUUCACCGUGGUAGUGUUUUGCUUGAUCGUGAUGACGUGUUACGUGGUGUGGGACAACAAAGCUGCAUUCCGACUUCCCACUAUGAUCCCCGGCAGUGCACGUGUUUUGAAGGUGACAAAACUGGCGUCAUCAACCCCCAAAACACCAACCAAAACACCAACCAAAAGUUUGGAAGAGGGAGCCAUGGAUCAAGUGAUGGCACAUUUCAACAUGACGUCCGUACGGGAACUGCAGAAAAUCACAAGGAAGUAUUUUUCUCCGGAAAGACACAUCAUAGAUCUCUCAGACCUGGACAACUUCAUGAAAAAAUGCAACACAAAAACGUUCACCCUUCUCAACUCGAAGAGACGCUGUAACGUCACUCACAGCCCCGUUACACGGUACCGGACCUGUGCCGUGAUAGGGAACGGGGGAAUCCUACUGAACAGCCGCUGUGGUGGGGAGAUCGACGCGCACGAGUUCGUCAUACGGAACAACCUCCCGCCGACUUCUCCGUACCAGAAAGACGUCGGAAGGAGAACCAACCUCACCACAAUCAACCGCGCACGUCUGAUGCAAGUAGCCGGGGGACUGAGGCGGAAAAAACGCGCCAAGACGCUGGCUCGACUGAGCGAGUCCCCGGGAAUGAUCUUCAGCUACUCCCUGUCUCUUCCAGGCUCUCCUUCCAAGAAGAAACUCCAGGCGAUAGACAGGGCUAUCAAGGAGAACCACAUCGAUGCUGUAACGGCUUUUUCUCAUCGGUCCUACAUGUCGAACAAAGGGUACUCCUUGUACAAGGAACUCUUCAAGAAACGAUUUCGACUCCCGUCGACCGGACUGAACACCUUCGCCCUGGCCUCCACGUUCUGUGACCGGAUCUCCAUGUACGGGUUCUACCCCCUGCCGACAUACCGCAACCGGAGCGUGCCGUAUCAUUACUACGACGGGAAGAUGUUUAACAAGGCCCACAAGAUGCCUGCAGAGUUUGAGACGUUUCAGGAACUCCACAGGAGAGGGACAAUAAGACUUGUCGUUGGGAAAUGUGAUGAGUGGUGAAGAACUGUAAAUUAAGGGUUUGGGCCACUACAGUGCCAAUGUACUCAAUAACUAGAGAAGUAACAUUUGCAAAGCAAAUGCAUAAUGUUUACCUUCGGACAUGGUCUGCUCUGUUAAUUCUUACUCAAACACA